AUGCUGCGUGUGACGGAUCAACUGGAAACAGGCCUUAUCCUCAAAGUUUUAGAUUGGGAUGAGGUAGAAUAACUUAUUCAUUCUCUUAGCAAAUUUUGCUUAGAGCCCAAGCUACCAACACACUAGUAAGGUUUGUGUAAAUUAUAAUUUAAUUGCCAUACCAUAAUUAAGUGACAUAUAAACUCACACUUAGUAACACCAUAGCAUGUGUAUUAACAGUCUCAUCAUGCUAAUAAAUUACCUCUCACCAAAUCAGGCUGACAACAAAGAUAAAGUCCCAUCAUCAAGAAAGCCCAUCCACUUAGAUGCACUUUUGACCACAGUAAGCUCACCAGGAAUUACCCUCAACAUAUGGAAACCAAAGGAAUCAGGAAAGAAAGUGGAAUAG